GCCGCCGGAGAAGACCGACGCUCGGCCAGGGCCAGCCGGGGGCGCCCGGGCCUGGCCGGCUGCUUCCCGCCUCACCCGCCACCCCCGCCGCCGCAGACACCGCCGAGGCGGGCGCAGCAGAACCCGCGGCCACUCGGCCCUGCCCGGCCUGGCGCGGCCUGGAGCCGCGGCGCGGGAGGUUCCCAGGAAGCCAUCACACUUUCCUUCCCACUGUGGUUUUGGGAGCAUGAAGGCGUUGCUUACUCCAUUUGUCUGGUUCACUGUAUGUAGGCUGGGAGUGUCUGCUGAUCGCUUGGAGUGUUAUCCCCUAGAACAGGAGGAAUAAGAUUGAGAAAAAUUCUGAGGUGCCUAGUGCAAUGGGAAGAGCAUGGUCUUGGGAGUCAUGCCACCUCUACCUCUUGCUUGCUUUUUGACCCUGGGAUCCCUGCAGUGGACCAUGAGUCGGUAAUGCCCACUGAGGACCUCUGGGAGCCAUGUCAGACGAAUCCGCCUCAGGGAGCGAUCCAGACCUGGACCCGGACGUGGAGCUGGAGGAUGUGGAAGAGGAGGAGGAGGAGGAGGAGGUGGCAGUGGAGGAGCAUGGCAGGGAUGACGAGGAAGACCUGCUGGAUGACCCAUCCCUGGAAGACAUGUGUGGCACUGAAUGUGCCCAGCUGGAGGAAGAUGGGCAGCAGCCACCACGGUGCACUUCAACUACCUCAUCUCAGUCUGAGCCUUCAGAGCAGCUUAGGCACCACCAAGGCAAGAGCCUAGCCUCCGAGGACCCCAAAAAGAAGAGAGCUCAGAAGCCCUCCCACAUGAGGAGAAACAUACGAAAGCUGCUCCGGGAGGAUCAAUUGGAGCCAGUUACCAAAGCAGCACAACAGGAAGAGUUGGAAAGAAGGAAACGCCUGGAGCAGCAGAGGAAGGAUUACGCAGCCCCCAUUCCCACUGUUCCCCUGGAGUUCCUUCCCGAGGAAAUUGUCUUAAGAGCAAGCGAUGGUCCCCAACUGCCUCCUCGGGUCUUGGCCCAGGAAGUCAUUUGUUUGGACAGUAGCAGUGGCAGUGAGGAUGAAAAAAGCAGUCGAGAUGAGGUGAUUGAACUGAGCUCUGGAGAGGAGGACACUCUGCACAUUGUGGACAGCAGUGAGUCUGUCAGUGAAGAGGAUGAGGAAGAAGAGAAGGGUGGCACCCAUGUGAAUGAUGUCUUAAACCAGCGUGAUGCUCUGGGGCGGGUCCUUGUCAACCUGAACCACCCUCCGGAGGAGGAGAAUGUCUUCCUGGCCCCACAGUUGGCACGGGCAGUGAAACCUCACCAGAUUGGUGGGAUCCGGUUCCUGUAUGAUAACCUGGUUGAGUCCCUGGAGAGGUUUAAGACCAGUAGUGGCUUUGGCUGUAUCCUGGCCCAUAGCAUGGGUCUGGGGAAAACUUUACAAGUGAUCUCCUUCAUUGAUGUCCUCUUCCGCCACACACCAGCCAAAACUGUCCUUGCCAUUGUGCCGGUUAAUACUCUUCAGAAUUGGCUGGCAGAGUUCAACAUGUGGCUCCCAGCUCCUGAAGCCCUUCCAGCUGACAACAAGCCUGAAGAAGUUCAGCCUCGGUUCUUUAAAGUUCACAUCUUGAAUGAUGAGCACAAGACAAUGGCAGCUCGUGCUAAAGUGAUGGCUGAUUGGGUGUCAGAGGGUGGGGUACUGCUGAUGGGGUACGAAAUGUACAGACUCCUCACUCUGAAGAAAUCCUUUGCCAUGGGUAGACCGAAGAAAACCAAGAAACGUUCUCACCCGGUCAUCAUUGAUCUGGAUGAGGAAGAUCGACAGCAAGAGUUUCGGAGAGAUCCUCUUCCCUCCCUAGAGUUUGAGAAGGCCUUAUGCCGCCCUGGCCCUGACGUGGUGAUCUGUGACGAGGGACACCGCAUCAAAAACUGCCAGGCCAGCACCUCACAGGCCCUGAAGAACAUUCGCUCUCGCCGUCGGGUGGUGCUGACCGGGUACCCCCUGCAAAACAACCUCAUCGAGUACUGGUGCAUGGUAGACUUUGUGCGCCCAGACUUCCUUGGCACCCGGCAGGAGUUCAGCAACAUGUUUGAACGCCCCAUCCUGAAUGGGCAGUGUAUUGACAGCACGCCUCAGGAUGUUCGCCUCAUGCGGUACCGGAGCCACGUCCUGCACAGCCUCCUGGAGGGUUUUGUGCAGAGGAGAGGCCACACUGUGCUGAAGAUUCAUCUCCCUGCCAAGGAAGAAAAUGUGAUCCUGGUGCGGCUCUCCAAGAUCCAGCGAGAUUUGUACACACAGUUCAUGGACCGCUUCCGGGACUGUGGUAGCAGUGGCUGGCUGGGGCUGAACCCCCUCAAGGCUUUCUGUGUGUGCUGCAAGAUUUGGAAUCACCCCGAUGUGCUGUAUGAAGCCCUUCAGAAGGAGAGCCUAGCCAAUGAGCAGGACCUAGACGUGGAAGAGCUUGGCUCAGCGGGAACUGGUGCCCGCUGCACGUCACAGGGAACGAAAGGCAAGGGGGAAGACAGCACCUUGGGCUCCUCAGUGGGAGAGGCAACCAACAGCAAGUUCUUACAAGGGGUCGGCUUCAACCCUUUCCAGGAGCGAGGCAACAAUAUUGUCACUUAUGAAUGGGCCAAGGACCUUUUGACUAAUUACAAGACUGGAGUCUUAGAGAAUUCUCCCAAGAUGGUACUGCUUUUCCACCUGAUUGAAGAAAGUGUGAAGCUUGGGGACAAGAUCCUUGUGUUCAGCCAGAGCCUUUCCACCUUGGCUCUCAUCGAGGAGUUCCUAGGGAAACGAGAAGUACCCUGUCUACCUGGUGCCGAGGGGCAAGGAGUACAGAAGUGGGUUCGAAAUGUCAGCUACUUCCGGCUAGAUGGUAGCACCCCUGCCUUUGAGAGGGAGCGGCUCAUUAAUCAGUUCAAUGAUCCCAGCAACCUCACCACCUGGCUGUUUCUUCUCUCCACAAGGGCCGGGUGUUUGGGCGUGAAUCUGAUUGGUGCAAACCGAGUGGUGGUGUUUGAUGCUUCCUGGAACCCUUGCCAUGAUGCCCAGGCAGUAUGUCGGGUAUACCGUUAUGGCCAGAAAAAGCCCUGUCACAUCUAUCGCCUUGUGGCUGAUUUCACCCUCGAAAAGAAGAUCUAUGACCGUCAGAUUUCCAAGCAGGGCAUGUCAGAUCGGGUGGUGGAUGAUCUCAAUCCAAUGCUGAACUUUACCCGGAAGGAGGUAGAGAACCUGCUGCACUUUGUUGAGAAGGAGCCAGCUCCCCAAGCAUCCUUGAAUGUAAGGGGGAUCAAGGAGCCAGUCCUGCAACUUGCCUGUCUGAAGUACCCUCACCUCAUCACCAAGGAGCCUUUUGAGCAUGAAUCAUUGCUCCUUAACCGAAAGGAUCACAAGCUGACCAAGGCCGAGAAAAAAGCAGCAAAGAAAAGCUAUGAGGAAGACAAACGCACAUCGGUUCCCUACACCCGUCCAUCAUAUGCGCAGUAUUACCCCGCCAGUGACCAGAGCCUGACCAGCAUCCCCGCCUUUAGUCAGAGAAACUGGCAGCCAACGCUGAAGAGUGAUGAGAAGCCUGUGGCCAGUGUUCGUCCUGUACAGUCCACCCCCAUCCCCAUGAUGCCCCGGCAUGUCCCACUGGGAGGCAGUGUAAGCUCUGCCUCCAGCACAAAUCCAGCUAUGAACUUCCCAAUCAACUACCUGCAACGUGCAGGAGUCCUUGUGCAGAAGGUGGUCACCACAACAGGUUGGAAACUCCUGGGUUCUCUUCUAGAUAUUGUUAUUCCUGGACUCAACAGCUCCACAGAUGUACAGGCAAGAAUUAAUGCUGGUGAGAGCAUCCACAUCAUCCGUGGGACGAAAGGGACGUAUAUCCGCACCAGCGAUGGACGAAUCUUUGCUGUCCGGGCGACUGGCAAACCAAAGGCCCCUGAAGAUAGUCGGAUGGCUGCCUCAGGUUCCCAGGGGCCUUCUCUCGAGUCCACAAGCAACGGCAGACACAGUGCCUCAUCACCCAAAGCCCCCGACCCUGAGGGGCUGGCCAGGCCCGUCUCUCCAGACAGCCCGGAGAUCAUCAGUGAGCUCCAGCAUUAUGCAGAUGUGGCUGCUGCCCGGGAAUCCCGUCAGAGCUCCCCGAGCUCCAAUGCCGCCCUGCCUGGCCCCCCGGCCCAACUUGUGGACAGCAGUGCUGCUCCUGGGACAGCUCUCGGGACUGAGCCUCGACAUGGGGGUCAUUGCCUCAAUAGUUCCCUCUUGGUGACUGGCCAGCCCUGUGGUGACAGGCACCCCGUGUUGGACUUAAGGGGACACAAGCGAAAGUUGGCCACACCACCUGCUGCCCAGGAGUCAGCCCGCCGGCGGUCCAGGAAGGGCCAUCUGCCAGCCCCCGUGCAGCCGUAUGAACACGGGUAUCCAGUUUCUGGCGGGUUUGCCAUGCCACCCAUCUCCUUAAACCAUAACCUCACCCCACCCUUCACCUCCCAGGCUGGGGAGAACUCCCUGUUUGUGGGUAGUACCCCUUCCUACUACCAGCUGUCCAAUUUGCUGGCAGAUGCCCGCCUGGUGUUUCCAGUGACUACUGACCCUUUGGUGCCAGCAGGCCCUGUCAGUUCCUCUUCCACGGCUACCUCAGUCACUGCCAGCAACCCCUCCUUCAUGCUCAACCCCUCUGUACCAGGGAUACUACCCAGCUACUCACUCCCAUUCUCACAGCCACUCCUAUCCGAACCGAGGAUGUUUGCGCCUUUUCCUUCCCCUGUCUUGCCCAGCAACCUUUCACGGGGCAUGUCUGUCUACCCAGGCUACAUGUCCCCACAUGCAGGCUACCCAGCUGGUGGCCUCCUGCGGUCCCAGGUGCCUCCAUUUGACUCUCAUGAGGUUGCUGAGGUGGGAUUCAGCUCCAAUGAUGAUGAGGAUAAAGAUGAUGAUGUGAUAGAAGUCACUGGGAAAUAGCUGGAGAGCCCCUUUCCAUCUCACUUGGGACCUCCAGCAGGUUGCCCACCAACCUGGAAGGCAGUGAUCUGAGCUUUCUGAGAAUAGGGCACUUGGCAGGAGGGAAAAGAAAGAGGACAAAGAAAGAUGGUUGACCAUAGUGGCAGGGCUCUGUUGCUGUUUAACAAAAGAGGCAAAAAAAUCCAACAGAGCAGCAAUAGCGGGAAAUCAGGGACCCAAAACAGGAAUGGAGGGGCAGGGCAUCCUGUCUCUCCUCCUGCCUGCCUUGCUUUUGCUGUCUGCUUGCUUGCUUACCCAUCUGAGUGUAGAAGUUCACAUCCCAUUUCUGUCUUUGGGAACAUUCUCUCCCAAGAGAGCUGCCUUACUGGGUGACUUAGCUUGGCCUGGAGAGGGGAAGGGAGGGAGAGAGGGUAGGAGAAGGUGGGUGGGCAGGGAGAGCAGACUGAGAUUCCGUGUGAAGUGGAGUCUUUUUAGGGGAUGGGAAAGAAGCAGACCAGGUAUGUGUGUUUGUGUGUGUGUGUGUGUUUAUGUAUGUACGUACAUGUAUGUAACAGAGCA